UUAUGUCUUACUGGAUGCGUGUCCAAUUCCCCAGGAAUACAAAACAUAUUUGCAGUCAAACUGGAGCCAAGAAAUGGUAUAUCUUCUAUGGCUUUCACAGUUUCAGAAUUACGAAUAAACUACUUUGUAGGCAUCUGCGCUUCCACAUCAGACAGAUUGGUCUGCCAAUCUAGCUCCGGCAAGACGGCCGAUAGCCUUCUCCGAUUUAUAUUCGACGCGAAUGCCAACAACGGAACUGAUGUAUCAGGCGAUCUAGACCUGGUCUUCUUCGCUUUCACCCUACAAUCAAAGAUUAUUCUUUGCCUGCUGGCCGCCGCCGGCGUCUUGCUUGUCAUUGGUCUACUUGUAGCCUUGAUACUGAAACGACAUCUUAAAGCGACACAAACAGGCAACUCGAACACAGAAAAGCGUAGACAAUCACUCAGACUUGCUGCUCUGGCAAUUAUCUGGACUUCUGUUGGACUUGCUCUGGCAUCGGCAAUAACGAUCAGCCAGGUGACUGCUACAAUGCAGUACGUCACCCAGAUGGGAUCCGUGUCAACAAUCCAGAUUACAGCCGGACAGAUCUUGAAUGUCCUUCAAUGGCUUAUAUUCUCGUUAUCGGCUUUGUUUGCGGCGGGGAUAUCAAGUAUAUUCAAAAGGCAGGGAGGCGUGGCC